CUUGUCAUCACAAAGCGUACCUACAGGUGUUUGCUGAAGACAACUUCACCAGAUCACAACUUCCUGUAAGUGUUUGGAAUAUUCUGGUGCAAAUUUUCAAGGAGCAGGCAAGCAACAAGACAUGAGCCAGCAACUGAGAAAAAGGGCCAAGAAUGGUGGCCAGAAGUGCCCUGGUGGGAGAGCCCUCCGGGGCACUAAAACAAAGCAAGCCAAGCCGAGCCAGACGCAGCAGGCGAAAGUGGAGCUCCUCCAGCCAACAUGGCCCUUCCGUGAUGAGGACGCAUGCUUUGCACGUGACCUUCCAGGUGCAGGAGAGGAUGACUUCCCUGACUGCUACAUAAAAUGUGUCAUCAGAGGUGAGUUUCCUCAGCCGCUCCUAGAAGAUGACUCACUUUUUAAGUCUUUUGAGGGAACCGAACAAGAUAUUUCCCAGCAAGUUCUUGAAGCAAGCGCUUUUCUUGAAUGUUCUUUGUAAUAUAUGAAAAAGGGGGGAAAACAGCAACUUCCUCAACAGGAGUUUGGAAAAAAUUCACGUCCCGAGUAUUCAGAGUACGUGACAGGCAAGCAGCGUCCUCCUGGAGGAAUGCCUGGCCUUGACUUAAUGGAUCCCAAACUGCUGGCAGAGUUUGCUAAGAAGUCGAAAGCAAAUAAAUGUAAUGAAGAGACAUUCGCUUGUCCUGAGAGUGGAUGUGCAAAAAAGUUGAGGGAUAAAACUGCCCUGAAAAAGCAUCUGCUCAUUCACGGCCCCCGACACCAGGUCUGUGCUGAAUGCAGGAAAGGGUUCUGCGAGAAGUCAAAGCUGAAACGCCACUUUCUGGUUCACACUGGAGAGAAGCCCUUCCAGUGCACCUUUGACGGAUGCGGAAGGCGCUUUUCCCUGGACUUCAAUUUGUGCACACAUGCACACGUUCACACUGGUGAAAAACCUUUUAUGUGUCCCUUUGACGGUUGUAACAAGAGAUUUAUUCAGUCAAAUAACCUGAAAGCUCACAUCAUAACUCAUGCAAAGACGAAUUAGAAUCAGUGGAAAGAAAGAUGGAAAAUAGCUCCCCAAUGGGACAAGUGUAUUUACAAAGUUUUGAGUGAGGAGAACACAGGUAAAUUCUCAUUCUCAUUUUAUGAUGGUAAAGACACAUGGUUUACUACGAUCACUAUUUAUCUUGGUCACACAACUGAAGUGGUGUUUAUCAGUUACCCUUCUGCUUUCAAUCCUGUAUUCAUUGGAAGCAAGUCUACAGUACUCUUUAAGAAAUUUAUGAUGACCAGGUGUACUACAGGCCCACCUAGGAGUUACCUGAAUGCGGCAAUUACAUUUUAUCCAGACCUGGAAUCCCCUAAGGCCAACACUGGCCCUCCGGGACAUUAUCUGUUGGCAGAAGCCAAAGACAUCUUGAAUCAAAGCGGCGACGGCGGUAGCGGCGGCAGCGGCGGCAGCGGCGGCAGCGGCGGCAGCGGCAGCCGGGGCGGCAGCCGGGGCACCGCGUCCGCGGUGGGCGACUGUGGCACCCAGAGGGUGGCAGCAGCGGAGGUGGUAGCAGCAGAAGGGGGCUCCAAACGGCGAUUCCAGCGACCGCGAAGAAGAGAAGCAGCGGAGCCCCGCCUAAGCCCACCUGCCUCAGGCCGAGGUCGAUCUGUCGGCCGCUCUGCGGUCCGAGCCCCACCUGCCUACGGCUCAGGGCUUGCCGGCUGCGGGCCCCGCCCACCUGCGGUCCAGGAAUACGCGGACCUGCCGGCUGCCCCACGGGAACUGAAUCCACCCAAAAACCCUGUCGUCGUCGCCAGCACAACAUUUGGAGGUUCCACCGAGAUUUUGAAGAUCACCAGGAAUCGGGACCGAACUCAGAGGGCGUGUGUGGUGAGUCUCACAUAA